AAGCAUGUAUGGCUAGAACAUGGUUUCCUCUUGUAGUAUAUAGUUUUGUUAUAUCCUGUGUAAUACUGUGAAAUUUACUUCUGAAUAAAUUAAGAAUUGGUUAAUAGAGCAAUUAUCUUCUUCAUUACUGAUUUGAAUUGGUUAGAAUAAUUGUACAUUAAUUACACUCCAACUUAGUCGACUGCUUAGUCGGUCGCAUAUGAAUUAAUAGGAUGCACUGUAUAAAAUAAGAAGUAGAUUGAGAUGGUCAACUAUAUAUCUAUCAUGACUUGAUGAGCUUUGAAAUAUAUCCCAUUGGAUUAAUCCAAACUGCGCGCCAUAGACAUAGUCAGUCAUCCAUGCAAUAUGUAUAUAUCAUGACGUUACGGUGAAAUUAAGCUAGGGUUUGCUACUUGCUAGCCGGCCAUGGCGAUGGCGAUGGCGAUGGCGGCAUCAGGCAACGAAGAGAAACGGCUUGCUUCCAACCUGACCGCAGCUUCAGACGAGAAUGGCGGCGAUAUGGAUCCCGAGCUGGAAAUGUUGGCGGAGGCCCGCCGCCGCGGCGAGCCGAGGCCGCCGGUGUCCAUGUGUUGGUCGCUGCUGAGGGCCUCACGCACCGGCGAUUGGGUGGAGCUCGGCCGUCUUCUGGGCAGGGAAGAUGAUGGGGAUGGGGCAGACCAACAGUGCUACCAGUCGUCACCUCCAUCGCCGGCGCCGGCGAGGGCGCCUCAGGUUCCCCGCGACGUGCAGGAGUCGCCGUUGAAGCGGCUCACGUACCAGGGGGACACCGCCCUCCACAUGGUGGCCGCCUCCGGCGACGGAGAGAGCUUCCUGAGAAGCGCGGAGGUCAUCUGCGGCAGGGCCAAGGUGCUCCUCGUCACAGCGAACAACAACGGCGACACGCCGCUGCACUCCGCCGCGAGGGCCGGGAACCUGGAGAUGGUGAGGAAACUCGUCGGUCUGAGCAAAGACGGCGAUGGAGCAGGAGCAGCAGCAGCAACGGCGGCGAUGCUGAGGACCGAGAACGAGAGCAGGGAGACGGCGUUGCACGAGGCGAUCCGCUUCGACAGCGUCGCCAUGGUCAGGGAGCUCUUGGAAGAGGACCCUGGCCAGCUGGUCUGCGGCAGCGGCACGUCGCCGUUGUACCUCGCCGUCCUGUUGGGGCGCGGCAAGAUCGUAGAGCAGAUACACGCCAUUGUUGCUGGAUCAUCAGCUUCUUCCAAGCAACUAUCCUUCUCUGGCCCGGGCGGCCAAACUGCCAUGCAUGCUGCUGUUCUUCGAGGCCAAGAGAUGACAAAAAUGCUGAUGGAACUGAACCAGAAGCUAGGCACCACCAUCCAUGGUAUGUCAAGCAACUUUUACCUGAUGCAAAAGGGAGACGACCAUGGGAGCACACCUCUCCACUUCGCCGCCUCACUGGAAGGACCAUGCGAUGAAACUGCUCAGCUGCUGCUGUUGCUGGCUGCCCGGUUCAUGCAUCCCUUCCAAAACUGCGUCACUUCCCAGCUCCUGGAGACCAACCCGGACGCAGCAUACCAGCCUGACGACAGAGGCAUGUUCCCAAUCCAUGUCGCCGCGUCGGCAGGCAGGCUGAGGGCCGUCGUCGUUCUGCUCGACAGGUGCCCCGGGACGGCCGGGCUGCAGGACGCCAUGGGCAGGACCUUCCUCCACGUCGCUGUCCAGAAGAGAAGAUACCGCAUCGUCUCCUACGCCUGCGGCAUGGCAGGAGGUCUCCUCCUGGAUGAUCCAAUCCUCAACAUGCAGGACAAGGACGGCAACACCGCGGUGCACCUCGCCGUCCAGAUCGGAGAUCUGGACCUCGCGAGCUGCCUGAUGAGGAACCACAGGGUUCGCCUGAACCUGGCCAACAACAAGUGGCAAACGCCUCGGCAUCUUGCGGAGAUCUGCGUUCCUCCGGGGCUUUAUUACUCAAAGAAUCAACGGCGGAUGAUCUACCGGUCGUUGUUAGUCUACUGCGGUGCACCCGGUGGAAACCUUCGGCAUGACCACUUUCUGGAGCAGGACAUCGCCAACCGAAACGAAGCAGAAGAAUCCAAGAAAAUCAUCGAGUCCACCCAGAUCCUCGGCAUCGGCUCGGUGCUCGUCGCGACCGUGGCGUUCGCCGCCGCCAUCGCCAUGCCGGGCGGCUACCGCGGCGACGGCACGCCGGCGCUCGCCGGGAGCUACGGCUUCGACGCGUUCGUGGUGGCCAACGCGCUGGCGUUCUCCUGCGCGCUGCUCGCCACGCUGGGCCUCAUGUACGCCGGGAUGGCGUCCGUCGACUUCGCCACCCGCUCGCGGCACUUCGCCUCCGCCGUCGGGCUGGUGCGGAGCUCCAUACGGAGCCUGGCCGUCGCCUUCGCGCUGGGGACGUACGUCGUCCUGGCGCCGGUUGCUCGGACGACGGCCAUGGCGACCUGCGCCUUCGCGUCGCCCAUCCUGGUGUACGCGAACACCGAGCUGAUGCCGAUGGUGCUUCUUGCGUGGACCGUGAGCAGGAAGUCCGGGGACAAGAUGUGGUUCUACACCAUAGGAGUGGAGGUUGUGCUUGGUGCCUUGUCCAAAUUAUGGCCCUACCUACUCAUCUUUGGUCUGCCUGCUCUUCUACAAAUAACUAAAUGA